GGCGGUGCUUUAAAGGAUCUCGAGCUCUCGCAUGAUGUACACAAUAACCAGAGGCCCGAGCAAACUCGUUACACAACGUAGAACAGGUCCCACACAGCAGCAGAUUGACAGCAAAGCCACCGACUUGAAGCACAAACGGAGCCACUGGCUCGAGUCCAACUCGCCCGCUCCCAAAAUCGUAUUUCAGCGCCUCAACACGAAGCGCUUUCUUAGAUCCACCUCGCCAAAGGAAGAAGACACGGCUGAAGGCUUUACGCCGGCACACGAGGAGAACGUACGAUUCGUCUACGAAGCGUGGCAGGAGGUAGAGCAGAAACUUGGUGACGGAGCUCAGCCGGAGAACGGGAAAGGCCCGGUGCAGUACGCCGAGAGGAAUCCCAACCCCAGCAUGAAAAACUUUGUGCCUAUCGAUCUGGAGGAGUGGUGGGCGCAGCGCUUCCUGGCCACCAUCGCUAAUCCGUCGUGACAGGUGUAGAAGCGGGGAGCGGCGAAGACGUUGGGGGAAUGUGAGGGUCCAGGGUGUGUUGAGAGGCCAGAAUGCACUACAAACAAACGCACACACGCAUACAUACAUACAUAGACGGAGAGAUGUGAGAUUUUCAUUCUGAUGCUGUAAAUUUGUGAGACUGCAGUGUGCUGAAACGUGAAAUCUUUUUUUUUCUGGCUGAUCUUUGCAUAAAAAAUAUGAAAAAACAAUGAAAAAAAAAAAAAACAGUAAAUUGUAUUUCAA